AUGUCGUCAAGACUGAAUUUCGGAUACAGCACCCGGAAGUCCACGUUGUUGAUCUUCUCGAAAAUCAACGCCGGGAUCUUGGAGUUCUGGUCCUGGAUCAGGUCGUACAGGCGAAUGAUGUUGGGGCCUCCCGUCAGGUUCUUGAGAAUCUUGAUUUCUCUAUGGAUCUUUUUCAACUUCACCGGCUUCAAAACCUUGAUCACACAUGGCUGGUUGUUCAAAACGUUCACCCCGGUGAACACCUCUGAGUAUUUGCCUCUUCCGAUCUUGGACACGAUCUCGUUUGCAGGACGGUACGCUGUUGGCAAUGCGUUGCAGGGCGGCGCGCCGUUGGACGCCGUCGAACUGUACCAGGAGCAGGGCGACGCCGUGCCGGAGUUUGGACGCCUGGUCGCGUGCGAGCUGGUAUCUCUCAACAGUCUGCCCGUAUGGCUGGUGGGGAGCACCAAGACCGCAGUGUUUGGCGUUUUCAGUGCGAAUUUGGACACCCAGGCGUUCUUUGCGGACAUUAUGAUGUACAGCGACUUUGCGAAUGACGAGAUCGUGGCGGUUUUGCUCGAGUCGGACAAUCCCAGUCGGUAUCUGGUGGUUUAUCCGGAACUGUCUGGCCAGGACGUGUUGAUGAAGGCGGUUCUGGUGGACCUGGACAACGAGUUUGUUCGGCGGGCGCACCAGGCGGCUGCGAUGGCGGGAAACAUAACGGUUGGGCGCGACGAGGCCGUUUUCGUGGAGCCGUCGCGACUAGGACGAGAAAAUAGCGUGUUGGAACAGCAUCUACAGAAACGGGGCCAGUCGCGCAAGCCGGCCAGGCUGGCCAAGGAGCCCGCGCUGAUCGACCGGUUCAACAAGACGCUCGAGCGGCUGAUUCUGGCCGGGUUCGACCGGUUCCAGGUGCAAUCCACGCUGUCCAAAGACGAGUGCAAGGAAUUGUACGGCAUAGUUUUCAAGUCUGCGCGGUUUCUGUUCCGCAACCAGCUGCGCCAGCAAUCGGAGCCCGAGCCCGACAAACUCACCAACGUCGUCAACAACACCAUCCAACUACAUCUCGGCGAAAUCUAA